AGCCCGGUGCGAGCGCGGGCGCGGUCUCUCCCGGCCGGAGGGCAGUCGGUCGGGGAGCCCCGGGCCUCCGCGCCCCCUGCCCGCUCUCCCACCGCGCACCGCGCCCUCCGGGGCCCGCCCGGCGGCCGGUGCGGCCUCAGGACGCCGACAUUUUCCCGGCGGUGCACGCCACCCCCCCCCAGGUUCCCUGUCAGGUCCGCCCGGUCGGCUCCGGGAUGAGCCUGGUGGUCCGGAACCUGCAGCGAGCCGUGCCGCUGAGGAGGGCGCCGCUCCGCCGCAGGCUCGAGGCCGUGAGGAAGAUCCUCGGCGUGCAGACCUUUGACCUGGGCGUCGUCUGCGUGGACAGCCGGAGCAUUCAGCGCAUCAACCGAGUCUACAGAGGGAAAAACGCGCCGACCGACGUGCUCUCGUUCCCGUUCCACGAGAAUCUGAAGGCAGGUGAAUUCCCCCAGCCUGAUUCUCCAGAUGACUAUAACUUGGGGGACAUUUUCCUGGGAGUGGAGUACAUUUUCCAGCAGUGCAAAGACAAAGAAGAUUACUAUGACGCCCUGGCUGUGACUGCUACCCAUGGAUUGUGCCACCUGCUGGGCUUCACACAUAGCACAGAGGCUGAGUGGCGGAAGGUAGGAGCAUGGCCUCCCAGCCUGUGCAAGAUGUACCAGAAGGAGGAGCAGGUGCUGCAGGAGCUGAGCCGGCGCAUGGGGACCCAGCUCCAACCGCUGAGCAGAGACCUCUUCUGAUGACUCCUUCCCAGACUGCCGCCGUCCUGCCUGGCUUUGGACGAGUAUCAUGAGGGGAACUUGACUUGGUGUAGAACACUGCAGAUGAGUGCCAUUGUUGUAAAUAAAAUGAUUCUGAGCCCCCAGGUUUGAAGAAGAACAAAAUCCAUACCCCUCCUGGGAGUUCUGCAGACCUCAGCAGAUUGCAUUGCCUCCUCUACUGUGUGGCGGCUCAGGACAAAUUGAGCCACUGGAGGUCAGUGAGGGUCACGAACCCUGCCUGGACCCAGCUCCCCAGCCUGACCUUCAGACUGAUCACCUCUUGGAAAGGAGGGAGCAGGCCAAGGAGACAGCCCCUGCCAGCAGGGAAUCCACUGUGUCUGACCCAUGGCCAGCAUCGGAGAUGCAAGAAUGUCUCCUGCCCUCUCAUCUCUCAUGAGAAGGGUGCCCUGGUUGUGAACUUGUAUCCUGGUUUGGCCAUGGCCUUGACAUGUUCCCCAAGAACAAGGUGGCAGCAAACAGCAGGUCUGUGGUGAGCAGUCUGCUCUGUGCCUCAUGGGAGUACUCCUGUCACCACCACUGUGCUGUACCAUUGUGUGGAGGCAUGGCAUGGAGCUCUCACUGCCACACCCCAAUCCCUAGCAGCGUUACCUGCUGCAAGUGUGGGACGCUUAAGCCAUUGCACACUGUCAGUGCCAGACAUCCGCAUUCGCUGAUGACGACGUAGGGGGCCACUCCUCUGAGUGUGGUAGUGAUAAAGCAACCCCUUACAGACUCUUCCUCAUCCUAAAGCCAAUGAUGCUGUGACCAUUUCUCAUAUCAAGUGGUUCCUGCUGGAGGAGUGCCCUGUUUUAGCCUGGACUUCCUCUCUGGCUCUCAGGAGCACCCAUGGGUCUGUGACACAUCUCAAGUCCUAUUGCCCGUGCCUAACCUGCUCCAGCUGAUCGAGUGUCCUCUAUCUAAUGUCUAAUACAGCAAAGAUCACUGGACGUAACCCUAACAGAAGCUCUUGGAUCCACAGUCCUUUUUGACAGAAGGGUCCUAAGACCUUCUGGUUGUGUCCGACAAGCCUCUGUUCACAUCUUGGCACACUCUCAAGCUUCAAAGCAGAAUUCCUGGGGGACUUGGGGCUCAGAACCCAAAGGCUUCUGGGAGUCUGGGUCACUUGCUGCCUGGCAGUCUGUAGCACUCCACCCUGGGUGUGUCCCAGACCCUCUGCUGUACUUCACCCCUGUAUGUACAGCUGCCCUGCCUCUACCUCUGUAAAGUGACUGCUUCUACCUGUUUUCUCUAUUGUCCUCUUGAUUUGGUAUUUUUAUAUAUUAUUGGAAGAUACCCUGAAAGCAAGUGUCCUGACCUAAGUGAGAAGAGGCUGCCCCACAGUCAGGUCAGCAGCUGCAUCACCUGUCCCUGGCACGGGGCUGUGACAAGGCUGUCCCAUGGCAGCCGCUCUGCCCCGAGUGGGGGGCACGUCCUCCAUUAUGCUGCUCCAGCAGGCAG